UACGCCGUUCUACCAGACCGUCGAGGAAUCUCCAAUAUCCAUUCUCUCUUUUCUCUCUCUCCGGCAAUGGCGAUUGGUUCGUUGGCAAGCAAGAAAGCCCUGGCUCUCGGCCUGAGGACGGCGACGUCUUCGAAGCUAUUGGGGCUUCGUGGUCUUCAGACCUUUACACUUCCCGAUCUUCCGUACGACUAUGGCGCUCUGGAGCCGGCGAUUAGCGGCGAGAUCAUGCAGCUUCAUCACCAGAAGCACCAUCAGACCUACAUCACCAACUACAACAAGGCUCUUGAGCAGCUCGAUCAGGCCAUGACCAAGGGCGACGCUUCCACGGUUGUCAAGCUUCAGAGCGCUAUCAAGUUCAACGGCGGAGGUCAUGUCAACCACUCGAUUUUCUGGAAGAAUCUUGCUCCCAUCAAGGAAGGGGGUGGUGAGCCACCAAAAGGGUCUCUUGGCUGGGCCAUUGACACACACUUUGGCUCCCUCGAAGCUUUGAUCCAUAAGAUGAAUGCGGAAGGUGCUGCUUUGCAAGGGUCGGGAUGGGUGUGGCUCGGUGUUGAUAAAGAGAUGAAGAAGCUUGUGGUGGAUACAACUCCCAAUCAGGAUCCGCUUGUGACAAAAGGAGCAAGCUUAGUUCCUCUGGUUGGAAUAGAUGUCUGGGAGCAUGCUUAUUACCUGCAGUACAAGAACGUGAGGCCGGACUAUAUGAAGAACAUAUGGAAAGUCAUCAACUGGAAGUAUGCGAGCGAAGUUUAUGAGAAGGAAUGCCCGUGAACGCAAUCGAAGAACCAUAUGCCCAUGUGUUUGAGGUCGAGGUCGGUCUGUAAGUUUCUGUAAUGAAACACUGAAUAAACAGAGGAAGAGCAGUGUUGGAUUGGAGCUCUCGGUCUUUGUAAUCCCUGUUUUGUCUGAACAAGCUUGACGUUGCUUUCGGUUCUUGGCGGAAUGUGAGCAUUUUUUGCUCAAGGAGUUUGUCUUUGGCGCAUGAUUGUGUUAUUUCUCAUCAUAUGGAAUGGAUUCCUCAAAAUAGUUCAUAUU